AUGCCAGCAACACGUCUUACGUCAUUUACUCAAUUGGUGUAUGUCACUACUACUUGUUUUCAUAUUGCUACUUUGUUAGCUAAUUUACUCAAAAAAAGUCAACUCGAAAAAGCCUUCGUUUUAUACGGAACUUGGGUUAUAUGGUCAGGAUGGGCGAUGUGUUUAUGGCUUAUAAAACCUGAGAAUUUUCCUGAUCCAUUAAUUUCAAGAACACUUACAACAAGUAGUAUGCAAGGUUAUUAUUACAACUAUUAUAUAAACAAAAAUGGUUCUGUAGUUGUAUAUGAUUUAGAAUAUCUUAUAGAACCAAUGAAUGUCGCCCCUUUUUUGACCCAUGGAAAAUGGAAAUCAACUACUUUGCCCAUAUUAUCUUUUAUUCUUCUCUUAGCAAUGCGCCGCAACCAUUGGGGUUUAAUAACUUGGGAACAUUUAACUAUUUUAAAUUCUGCCAAAUCCUGGUCCUAUCGAACUUGGUGUAUCGCUGGAUCAGGUGCUGGUUGGAUUCUUUUUUGGGAAGCUUUAAAGUUUUGGUUUCAUGUUCCUUUCAAUUAUACCGCUUCCUUUGAUGAUGGAAUCGCUUUAUAUCAUACCGAUCUUUCUAGAUUCCCCAAUUUAUUUGAUAUUCUUUGGGGUAGCAUUAUCUCGGGAAUAUUUAUGAUUUGUUGGUGGAGUUUUUGGACCUUUCAAUAUCGAGGCGUCGUUUGGAAAAAAGAAUUAAAGGAAGGCGUGGUAGUUUGGUCUUCUGAUGGGUUCGUUCAAGUUGGUGGUGUUUGUUAA